CUGCUACCUUCUACACUCGCCUCUCUUGACUUUUCGCUGAAAGGAUGGACUCGAGCGAACGGAAACGAAAGUGGGAUGAGCCAGCUGGAGAUACUGCUCCAGAUGCUCGAACCUCAGCAGCUCCGUCAGGAUCAAGCGAUGCGGCCGCUCAAGCAGCCGCCAUUGCUGCCAAGAUUGCGGCUUCCUUAAGAGGCCCACCAGGUGCACAGGGGCAUGAACUGGUCAAGUCGGAGAACAAGGACGAGGGUUUCGUCAAGGACAUUGAGAUCAAUGACCUGAGGAACCGAUAUGUGUUGACCAAGGGAUCUACACAGAAGCAGAUUGGAGAUGAGACUGGCGCGUCUAUCGUGACGAAGGGAGUGUGGGUCCCGGAUACGACCAAGCUACAACCUGGUGAAACACCGUUGUACCUCCAUAUUGUCGCUCCCUCCCAGAUUAUCCUCAACGCUGCGGUGGAAAAGAUCAAUGAAUUGAUCAAUCAGGAGCUGGGACCGUUGAUCGAUGAGCGGACACUGGUGGCGAGGAAUAGGGCGCUGGGUUUGCCUCCGCCAGAGUCACUCGUGAAGCGCAAUGAGCGAGUAAAAUGGCCAGAGGCGAAAUUGUUCAUCGGACUGGAAUCAUUGAGGAAUUUCAACGUCAGAGCAAAGACUGUUGGACCGGGAGGAAUGUUCGUCAAGUACAUCCAGGCAGAGACAGGCGCUCGUGUACAGAUCAAGGGUAUUGGGUCCGGAUUCAUGGAGGCGGAGACCGGUCGAGAGGCUGAAGAGCCCAUGCAUAUCAACAUUGCAGCUCCAAACGAUGAACAAGUCGAGCGAGCAAGAGUUUUGGCAGAUGAUCUACUCGCAGUCCUGCGGAUAGAGUACGAAAAGGCGAGGACCGGGGGCAACUCGGGUGGAGGAUAUGGCGGUGGAUACGGUGGUUACCAGCAGGGCUCUGUCGACCCGUAUGCUGGAUAUUACCAGAAUGGUCAAGGCACACCAGGCGAUGGCUCACAAGCUGGAGCUACUCCAGCUGCUGGUUCAGCGACUCCCGGUCAGCUCCCACAACAGGGCACAGAAGCGUGGACCCAGUAUGCCGCGUACUGGGCUGCAUAUGGUUACGAUGUCAAUGAUCCUCAAUUCCAAGCGUGGCAAGCAUCUCAAUAUGGUCAGCAGCAGGGAGGAGCAGGUGCAUCAGCUGGAGCUACUGGGACUCCAGCUGCAUCGUCAUGAGGGACUACACUAUCUUGUAAUCAUGAGCCAUGUAUGAUGUAUAUAGUCC